AAGCAGUUGUACUAUUGUGAGGGCCUCUAGUCUUUACCAAUGGUUAGUGGUUUACUAAUAAUGCAUCUUAUCUUUGUCUGCUGUUCCUCUUCUUUUGCUUCAAUUUGGUUUCUGAUACUGUAGAAAUGGCCGACGCAGUAGUAUCUUUCGCAGUUGAAAGACUGGGAGAUCUGUUAAUCUCUGAAUCUAAACUCUUAUACGGAGUGACCAACCAAGUGAACGAGGUUCGCGAUGACCUCAAGCGAAUGCAGAAUUUCUUAAAAGAAGCUGACAAGAGACAAAUUCAAGAUGAAAGAGUGCGAGGCUGGGUGAAUGAGAUCCAAGAGCUUGCGUUCAGAACAGAAGAUGUGAUCGAGCUUUUUGCACUGCAAGCUACAACCAACUCAGGCUUCAAGGAGGCAUUACGAAGAUCAGCUUGCAUCACAUGUCACUUGAUAAGCCGCCACAAUGUUGCUAUGGAGAUCAAUAGUAUAAAAGCUAAACUAGCUGAUAUCCGACAGAGUCUACCAACAUUUGGUAUUACAGGACUAGAACAGGGAGAAACCUCAAUUCCACAAAGAACUUUUUAUUCUCAUGAUGUUGAAAAAGAUUUUGUUGGGAUGGAGAAGGAGAUAGAUCAGCUGGUAUCUGAUCUGAUGAAGAAAGAUGAGAAUUUUGAAGUAGUUUCACUCUGGGGAAUGGGAGGCCAAGGGAAAACUACACUUGCUCAAAAACUUUAUAAUCAUGUUAAGAUCAGAGAUCAUUUCGAAGCUUUCGCGUGGGUUUGUAUCAGCCAGCAAUUCGACAGGGAAAAAGUUCUUAAAGGAAUCCUUAAACAACUUCUCCCUGAUGAUAGGAAGGGGGAAGUUUCAAACAUGGAGGAUCCUGAUUUGGUCGAUGGACUACGCAAAGUUCAACUAGAAAAGAAGUGUUUAAUAGUUAAUAUUGACGACAUCUGGAAUGUUGAUUCUUGGAGAAAGUUGCAGGCUGCAUUCCCACUUGGUGAGACGACUAGUGGUUGCAAGAUCUUACUCACCACUCGUAACCUAACGGUGGCAGAAAUUGGGUCAGUUUGUAAGAUCCCGGGUUUGACAGAAGAUGAGGGCUGGCAGCUACUUUCUAGGAAAACAAGAAUAUAUGACCAGCCAGAGCUACCAGUGGCCUCGGGGAUGGAAAGAAUCGGAAGGAACAUGGUUAAAGGAUGCAAAGGUUUACCACUUGCUAUAUCAGCACUCGGAGGAAUUCUUAAAGGCAAACAUUUGUUGACAGAGUGGGAGAAAAUAAACAAUGAUAUUACUUUCUACUUGGGCAAGGGCGAGGGAGUGACUGAGGAUGAUGAAUACUGCACAGUGAGACAGGUUUUAGGCUUGAGUUAUGACAAUCUACCAUCUCGUUUGCGACAUUGUUUUCUUUGUUUUGCCAAUUAUAAAGAGGAUGAAAUCAUUCAGACUGAGGACUUGUACAUGUUUUGGAUGGCAGAGGGUCUGAUAUCAGUGGAAGAUAGAGCACAGGGGGAGAUGAUGUUGGACGUAGCCGAACGCUAUCUGGAUGAAUUAGCACAUCGAAGUCUUGUUACAGUUAGAUUACGUGAGUAUGCAAAUGACUCCUGGUCGAAGUACGAAGAAUGUGUUGUUCAUGAUCUAAUUCAAGAUUUGUGCUGGUCUAAAGUAAAAGAGCAAGGAGUGAUGAAUGUUAUUGAUUUAGAGCGCAAACUUGACAUUGGAUCCAAAGCAGGCGUAGUACGCAGAUUGUGUGUUCGCUCAUAUAAUGCUAACAGAGAUGUGUUGGAACCUUAUGAUGGACAAGUACUUGCACAAAUUCGAUCUCUUUUCUUUUGGAAUGAUCAGAACUACCACGACCCUCCAGUGUGGCCAAACAAUAUAUUUACUCUUGACAAAUUUAAACUGCUUCGAGUUUUUACAGCCAAGUACUGUAAAUUAAGCAAGGAAAAUGUAAGAAGCCUAUCGGAGCUAGUUUACUUGAAGCAUUUGAGUUUAUACUAUUGUGAGUUGGAUAUUUUGCCAUCAUCAAUAGCGAAGCUAAGAAAUUUGGAAACCCUUGAAUUAGGAAUGCUAGCUACCUUGUCCUUGAGCAUACCAAAUGUUCUUUGGAAGCUCAAGUUGUUAAAUCAUUUGUGCCUCCCGGAUAAUAUGUCAGUUAGAGGCAGAGCUAAGAAGUUGAGAUUGGGAGGUUUAAAUGAGUUACAACUGUUGUACGGUUUUGACUCUAAUUAUUGUGAUGCACAUGAUCUCCUUCGAUUACCCAAACUCAAAGCUUUUAAAGGGCAAAUGAUAGUCAAGGAAAACCUCACGACCCAAACUAUUAUUGAUUUUGCCAAAUUCAGGGAAUUGCGUCACACAGAUAUUUCGAUUACUGAGACAGGAACAGAAGUUGAUUUGGUUUUAGUUUUGGAGUGUUGUUUCAUCGAUUCGUUAUACAUAUAUGCAUCUGCAUGUGUAUUUCCGAAGGCGUGUGACUGCACUUGUUUUUCUGGACGUCUCACAAAGCUAACCUUGAAUGAGCUUAUAUUUGAGGAAAAUCCGAUGAUAUUACUAGGAAAGAUUCCCAACCUACGUUUUUUAUCUCUACAAUCUGUGAAAAACACUCAUAUGGACGGGGACAUAGUGUGCUCUGCUAUGAGUUUUCCGAAACUUGAGGUACUACGUCUCAUUAAAUUUAAAGGUCUAAGAAAAUGGAGGUUGGAAGAAGGAGCCAUGCCAAAUCUCACUCUUUUGAUUAUCAGCAAGUGCUUAGAGUUGGACAUGCUUCCAGAAGGAUUGAAACACUUGACUUCCUUAAAACAACUCUCUAUUUCCGGUAUGCAAAGAGAAUUCACAGAUAAAGUUAAGGUGAUAGAUGGCGUGGAAGGCCAAGAUUUCUACAAAAUUCGUCACAUUCCUCUUGUGAUAAUAAAGUAGCAUCGCGGUGGCCACCUGUUUGUAUCAUUGCAGCAUGUGAAAUGAGAUGGUUGGCUUUAGGAUCAAGUUAAUUUGUUUGUGUAUUACUAGAACUACUACGUCUUAGCCAACUUUUCUCUAUAUUUUAUCAAUAAACAUCCGUUUUCCUUU